UAGUUUUUUUUUUACGCCAGGAACUUCAUCACGGUGGCGAAACUUUCAACGAACGUUUGAAGAGUUUCUGCUGCGAGAGCCGGAGACUUUAUUAAAUCCGAGCAGCGGAAGAACAUACAUCGAUGCAAUAUGGGAAGUUUAUUCACUAGCCUUUAAACUCAGGAAACAUGGCAUUAAUCUUUCAUGUAAAGUAAGUAUUUAAUUACAACAGAGUUUGGCAUGUUAUACAGUGACAGCAGUUCAUUCAGCAUGAAUGAAUGAAUCUUUCAGUCUCGGAGAAGCUCUGAACGCGGUUGAAUCGAGUGAAAAUGGGCGAUGAAUCAAAGCCAGGAGAGGUGAAUGAUAAUAAAUAUUUCACAAAAACAGCCGCGGCUGAUGCUGAGGUGACUUUUGAACACCAAAACGCACCGCCGGAAACGCGUUUAUAUAAAAAGAGAUGGAUCAUAGUGUUUUUAUUCAGCUCGUAUUCGCUAUGUAACUCCUAUCAAUGGAUUCAAUACGGAAUCAUCAACAAUAUCUUCAUGCGCUUCUACGGCGUGGACUCUUUCACCAUUGACUGGAUGUCCAUGAUUUACAUGUUGACGUACAUUCCGCUCAUUUUUCCCGUCUCGUGGCUCUUGGAUAAAAAAGGUCUGAGGGUCAUCGCGCUCGUGGCAGCGGCUCUGAAUUGCACAGGCACGUGGAUCAAGGUGGCCAGCGCGAGACCGGACCUUUUCCCGGUGACAUUCUUGGGUCAGUUCGCGUGCUCAGUGGCGCAGGUGUUUAUUCUCGGGAUGCCCUCGCGCAUCGCAUCGGUGUGGUUCGGAUCGGAAGAAGUGUCCACUGCCUGCUCCAUCGGGGUCUUCGGAAAUCAGUUGGGGAUCGCCAUAGGCUUCCUUGUUCCACCAAUACUAGUUCCAAAUGUGGACGAUCUGGACGAGUUAGCGGCUCACAUCAGAGUCAUGUUCUACAUCACGGCGGGAGUGGCCACCUUCCUGUUUGUGUUGGUUGUCAUUGUGUUUCAGGAGCGUCCGGAGAUCCCUCCCACCCACGCUCAAGCCACGGCUCGGAGGAUCUCUCCAGAGAGCUACUCGUAUACAGCAUCCAUCCUCAGGCUGCUCCGCAACAAAGCCUUCAUCCUCCUCGUCAUCACUUACGGGCUGAAUGUUGGCUGUUUCUAUGCUGUCAGUACGCUUCUCAACCGAAUGAUCAUUGAACACUAUCCUGGAGAGGAGGUGAACGCCGGCAGGAUCGGCCUCACCAUCGUGAUCGCUGGCAUGGUGGGAUCCCUCAUCUGUGGGAUCUGGUUAGACCAAUCUAAGACAUACAAACAAACAACACUAGCCGUGUAUCUGAUGUCGCUUGUGGGUUUGGUGCUUUAUGCUUUUACCUUGGAUCUGGGUCAUUUGUGGGUGGUCUUCAUCACAGCAGGAACCCUCGGGUUCUUCAUGACGGGUUACCUUCCACUUGGUUUUGAGUUUGCUGUCGAAUUGACUUAUCCAGAGUCUGAGGGGACGUCUUCAGGACUUCUAAACUGCUCUGCGCAGGUAUUCGGGAUCAUAUUUACAAUCUGUCAGGGGAAAAUCAUGGAUUCGUUUAAUACUCUGGCUGGAAAUCUCUUCCUGUGUGCCUUCCUUCUGAUAGGAACCAUCAUUACAGCUUGUAUCAAGUCAGAUCUGCGCAGACAGUUGGCAAACCAGCAAGCACUGACAGCUAUCCAUGUGGAAGCAUCACUGGCACAAGCUUUUGAAGCCAAACUCUAAUGUGAUCGCAGGACGGAUCGUGUGGCAUGUUUAUCUUUUAUAGUUUUCAUCUGGUCUUGAAUUUUGAUUUAUUUUUCCUUUGCCUUGGGACUUUUGAGUAAUGCUGUAUUGUGUGUGUGUGUGUGUGUGUGUGUGUGUGUGUGAUCAUUUGUGUUUAUUUGAUCACUAAUAAUCUCAAGUAGGAUAUAUUCUAAUUUUUUAACUAGUUUAUCAAUUGAUGAUUUAAAUUAUUAAUGUUAACAUUUAAAAUGCCUUAUUUCUCUAAACAAUUUUUCAUUGAAAGUUUGAAAAAAAUCUUAUGAUGAAACCCAUAAGAAUGUGGAGCAUUUCAGUAUUGCAUGAAUUUAAGAAUAGAAACCAAAGCUAAACACAUUUAAAUAUACUGUGUUGGUGUCAAUCUAUGCAGUAAUAAGCACUGAAUAACUUUCUUUAUUUUUAUACAGUUUUCUUUUUGACCCUAAUUAAAGUUCUAAAAAGACCACCUGAAUAAAUUGUAAUAAAUAAAACAAAUCUAACCUAUAAAGCACAUUACUGUUAUAUUUUA